CCACAAACAUCCCUUCUAUAUAAGUAACCCACCAUUUUCCUUCGUACACACCGUUUUCAUUGUCUCUGUUGAGAUGGCCCGUAAAUCGGAGAACGGCAGUCACUCCGUCGCCGCCGGCGGAGGGAAGGCGAGAGAGGUGCAUUACAGGGGAGUGAGGAAGAGACCGUGGGGGAGAUACGCGGCGGAGAUACGUGACCCUGGGAAGAAGACACGUGUCUGGCUCGGCCCCUUCGACCCCGCCGAGGACGCCGCCAUGGCAUACGAUGCAGCCGCUCGCGAGUUCCGUGGCUCCAAGGCCAAGACCAACUUCCCUCUUCCUACCUCCGGCUCCGGCGACCUUGGACCUCCCGCCGCCCCCCGAAGGCGGUUCCCGUUCCCGUGUCACCAGCAGCACCGUCAGCUCGCCGGCGUGAUUCCUCAGGCGGCUGGUUUUUUCAUGGAUCCGGGUCGGGCUGCGGCGUUGAGGGCGGAGCUGGCCCGGGUUUAUCCGAUCCGGUUCGACCCGGUUGAGGUCGGACUCGGUUUAGGGCUCCGAGUUGCCGUGGAGAGCGAACCGGAGUGUUCGGCCGUCGUGGACUGUAAGCCGGGGAAGGAGUUGAACCUUGACCUUAACCUAGCUCCUCCUGUUGACGUUUAACUCUAAUAGUAUUUAGCCCUAUAUAUUUUUUUGUUUAAACUUUACCGGAAAAUAACCUUUUUUUGAAAUUUCCGUCUAGAGAUCUGCUGCUAGGUUUAGAUAUGUAGAAAAUGGAAAGAACAAAAAAAAGAAAAAAGGACGAAUUUUGAGAAAACCCUUUUUUUAUAGUUUUAUCUAUGGAUUGUAAUUAUGUUAUGCAGAGAUAUAGAUCUUAUCUGUUUCUGCUAUUUUU